AUGCCAGAGUAUGGAAUAACCCAGAUUGUGAAGUCUGACCUCCAGAACCCGAACCAGAAGAGAUUCAAAUGUGAGAACUGUAAAAUGGCUUUCGGUGACUUCUCGAGAAUCAGGCUUCACAAGAUUGUAGCAGACAACCAGACAUGUAAAUUCUGUUCGAAACGGUGUUGCAGCGUCCUGGACAAAGCGAAGCACUAUAAACAGACUCACCCUAAAAAAUCCACCGUUCAAUCCAGUCUCCUCUUUUUGGAGUCUCCUCUUUUUGCCUUCAAGGAGUCGGAACACAUCUGCAUUCCCCACGACGAACUGUGUCUGCGAGACAGAGCCUGUCUUCUUUGCAAAGAGGUGCUUCCAACCAAAACGGAACUAACUGGAAACUAUCGAGAAACGCACAGAAGGAAUUCUGGGAAUGGUUACAAAUGCGUGUUGUGCUCACACAAUUCUCUCACUUACGUCGCUUUCUCGAAACAUGUGCGAACCAUACAUCAGUGCUUCUUCGUCGCCGAUAUGCCAGAGUAUAGAAUAACCCAGAUUGUGAAGUCUGGCCUCCAGAACCCGAACCAGAAGAGAUUCAAUUUCUCCUCUUUUUGGAGUCUCCUCUUUGCCUUCAAGGAGUCGGAACACAUCUGCAUUCCCCACGACGAACUGUGUCUGCGAGACAGAGCCUGUCUUCUUUGCAAAGAGGUGCUUCCAACCAAAACGGAACUAACUGGAAACUAUCGAGAAACGCACAGAAGCAAUUCUGGGAAUGGUUACAAAUGCGUGUUGUGCUCACACAAUUCUCUCACUUACGUCGCUUUCUCGAAACACGUGCGAACCAUACAUCAGUGCUUUUUCGUCGCCGAUAUGCCAGAGUAUGGAAUAACGCAGAUUGUGAAGUCUGGCCUCCAGAACCCAAACCAGAAGAGAUUCUAUUGUUUAGAAGAAAUGAAGUUGAACGAGCAGAUGAUUAAGUUCACGGCGCAAAAACCGGAGUCGGAGGACGUCUGCAUUCCCCACGACGAACUGUGUCGGCGAGACAGAGCCUGUCUUCUUUGCAAAGAGGUGCUUCCAACCAAAACGGAACCAACUGGACACUAUCGAGGAACGCACAGAAGCAAUUCUGGAAAUGGUUACAAAUGCGUGUUGUGCUCACACAAUUCUCUCAAUUACGUCGCUUUCUCGAAACACGUGCGAACCAUACAUCAGUGCUUCUUCGUCGCCGAUAUGCCAGAGUAUGGAAUAACCCAGAUUGUGAAGUCUGACCUCAAGAACCCGAACCAGAAGAGAUUCAAUUGUGAGAACUGUAAAAUGGCUUUCGGUGACUUCUCGAGAAUCAGCCUUCACAAGAUUGUAGCAGACAACCAUACAUGUAAAAUCUGUUCGAAACGGUGUUGCAGCGUCCUGGACAAAGCGAAGCACUAUAAAAAGAAUCACCCUAGUGAGUUUCCCAAGUUGAAGGGCACGCAACCUGUAUAUCUCUGUAAGGCUUGUAAAAAGUCAUACAAGAGUCUGAAAAAUUACCAGUGUCAUUUUGCCUUACAUUAUACCAACAUGAAUACUUGUUGCUACUGUAGCGAACUGUUGCAUAAUGACGAAGAGCUGGACUCUCAUAUUCAAGAAGAACAUAUCGCAAGCUGA